ACGUCUUCCACUCAUCACAAACCCAGGCUGGGAAGAAGAUAGGCGCACACACAUACACUCCAACACAAACUCCAGACACGGGACCGAAGACCUCAUAUUGAAGAGUAGUUCCAGGGGAAGCUGGGAUCUUUGUCCCCUUACAUCCAGACCACAUCUGUCCAGUAUGGAGCUUUUUGAGACCAACCCUUACUUCUUCCCUGACCAGCGCUUCUAUGAAGGAGGGGACAGCUACUUUCCCUCUCGCCUGCCUGGGGCAUAUGACCAAGCUGGCUACCAGGACAGGAACUCCAUGAUGGGCUUGUGUGGGAACCUGUCUGGGGGUGUUGGGGUUGGGAUGACUGGUACAGAGGACAAAGCCUCUCCAUCCAGCCUGUCGCCUCACUCCGAGCCCCACUGCCCAGGUCAGUGUCUUCCCUGGGCCUGUAAGCUGUGUAAAAGGAAGACUGUGACCAUGGACCGUCGGCGAGCAGCUACGCUGAGAGAGAAGAGACGUCUAAAGAAGGUGAACGAGGCCUUCGAUGCUCUGAAGAGGAGCACACUGAUGAACCCCAACCAGAGGCUGCCCAAGGUUGAGAUCUUGCGUAGCGCCAUCCAGUAUAUUGAAAGGCUGCAGGCUCUGGUGUCCUCCCUCAACCAGCAGGACACUGAGACAGGACAGCAGGGAUUGCUCUACCGGCCCAGCCCAACCCAACCCAGAGUGUCGUCGUCAAGCGAGCCCAGUUCAGGCAGCACCUGCUGCAGUAGCCCAGAGUGGAGCAGCACUCCAGAGCAGUGCACGCAGAGCUACAGCAGUGAGGAUCUUCUGAGUGCUGCAGACUCUCCAGAGCAGGGGAACAUGCGGGCCUUGACCUCCAUUGUGGAUGGCAUCUCUGCAGCAGAUGGACCUGUGGCCUUUCCUGUGGACAUUCCCAAAUAGACCCUCAGACCAGCGGGCCAGUAGGUGCAAAGAGAGCUUCAAGCAAAAAGCAAAGUGACAUUCAAUCCUAAAUUAUGUCUAGUUUGUGCUUCUACUGAUUUGAUUGUUCGUCUUAUGCCAAAUUAAAGAAUUUCUAUUUGACCAGUAUUUAAACUCUGCUGAUCUAUGGGUCAGCUAGUCAAACUGACUCCUCCUUUUCACAACGAGGCCUUAUUUCCUUUAUUUCUUGCCUUAUCCAAUGAUCCAGACCUGUGUGUCAAAGCCACAGGCGCUUAUUCUGACUAGAGAUUCAAGGACUUUGCUGCAUGAACCCAACACAUAUUUACUAGACUCGAUCCCUGUUAGGCUUGCCUCCAGAUUUAUAGAGCCACAGAGGAAUGACAGAUCGAAUUUUUUCUCCUUACUUAAUUUAAGUUCAAAAGCUUUCCCUCAUAUUUCUUUUCUUUUUUUUUUUUGUGUGUGUGUGUGAAUUUUAAUGCUUAAAAAACAGGAGUUUAUUUGUGGGGCCAAUAUGUACCAUGGCAGUUUUGACCAAGAUCUGCUUAAUUUAAACUGGUUAUGAAUGCUAGUGAUGUAAAUACGUUCCCUUUUUCUACAGAGUGGAUUUGUCAUUUUUAUUUUUUAAUUUUUGCUAACUUAUUUUGGACUUUUAUAACUAAGAUUGUUGUGUAUUUGUAGAUGUUCUGAAAAGUGAUAUUUUCUGUUUAAUUC